AGAUAACGAAUGCAUUGGCCAGUCCCGCUAUUUGUGCUGUCACGAGCCCUGUCCAAGGCGACUAAGUCAGUCAAGGAAUUGGCAUUCAAUAUUCACGAUCUCGUCUUCAUUUUGCGGCCGGAUAUACAUUAUUGGAAUAUAGAAGUUGUGGAAAUAGGAUUGUUUGUUCACUCAUCCUAUUCAAUUGGUGAUGUAUUUCAACAUUUGAUAUAGCUAGCCAGCUAGCUAGCUAGCUGCUUAGCUAGCUUGCCGAUCGUGCGUGACUCAGAUCAGAUCGAGUAGCAUAUUUUGACAUACUGUUUCCUUGAUAGUGGAAUAUAUCCUAAUGUAUUAGCUGUUAGCUAGCUAGAGAAUGUGUGUGCACUGUCUUUAAUAGUAACAUACGCAGUGCAUCAUAUGUCUGUGGUGGACAUACCGUUUUGAAUGAAAUAAAUAGCGCAAGCAUCGGCUUGUAAACGGGGAUACCCUUUACCUCGAAUAACCAGCUUGCUAGGCUAGCUGAUCCAUAACCAUCGUAAUUCAAGAUAGGAUAGCUAGCUAAUCUGGCUAAUGUGCUAGCAAGUCGAGGGCUAUAAUAAUCUAUCCUAUGUUAUAGCAAGCCUGUACGUUUCCUAUUUACCCAAACUGCAAAAACUGUCAGCUAGAAGUUGGAUAGCUGAUUAACGGAUCUAAAAACUAAGAUAGCUGCUGUAAACCCUGCAUCAACGGCGUCGUUGACUGUGGUCAAUUGAUAUUACGGAAAAGGCCUGAGUGAGGACAGAACCAAGCAAAAAUGCCGGCUGUGUCGAAGGGAGAUGGAAUGCGCGGAUUAGCGGUGUUCAUUUCUGACAUAAGGAAUUGUAAGAGCAAGGAGGCUGAGAUCAAGCGGAUCAAUAAGGAGCUGGCCAACAUCCGCUCCAAGUUCAAGGGGGACAAGGCCCUAGAUGGCUACAGCAAGAAGAAGUAUGUGUGUAAGCUGCUCUUUAUCUUCCUGCUGGGCCACGACAUCGACUUCGGACACAUGGAAGCUGUUAACCUGCUCAGCUCCAACAAGUACACCGAGAAACAGAUUGGCUACCUGUUCAUCUCGGUCCUGGUGAACAGCAACAGUGAGCUGAUCCGCCUCAUCAACAAUGCCAUUAAGAACGACCUGUCCAGCCGCAACCCCACCUUCAUGUGCCUGGCCCUGCACUGUAUUGCCAAUGUGGGCAGCCGGGAGAUGGCCGAGGCCUUCGCUGGCGAGAUCCCCCGCAUUCUGGUGGCAGGGGACACUAUGGACAGUGUGAAGCAAUCAGCUGCCCUCUGUUUGCUGCGCCUUUACAAGACCUCCCCUGACCUGGUUCUGAUGGGCGAGUGGACCUCCAGGGUGGUGCACCUCCUCAAUGACCAGCACAUGGGUGUGGUGACAGCGGCCAUCUCCCUCAUCACAUGUCUGAGCCAGAAAAACCCAGAUGAGUUCAAGACCUGCGUGUCCCUGGCCGUGUCUCGUCUGAGCAGGAUCGUGUCUUCGGCCUCCACUGACCUGCAGGACUACACCUACUACUUUGUCCCCGCCCCCUGGCUGUCCUGCAAGCUGCUGCGCCUGCUGCAGUGCUAUCCCCCGCCUGAGGAUGGCGCUGUGAAAGGCCGGCUGGUGGAGUGUCUGGAAACCAUUCUCAACAAAGCUCAGGAGCCGCCCAAGUCCAAGAAGGUGCAGCACUCCAACGCCAAGAACGCCAUCUUGUUCGAGGCCAUCUCGCUGAUUAUCCACUAUGACAGUGAGCCCAACCUGCUGGUGCGAGCCUGUAACCAGCUGGGUCAGUUUCUGCAGCACCGCGAGACCAACCUGCGCUACCUAGCUCUGGAGAGCAUGUGCACGCUGGCCAGCUCUGAGUUCUCCCACGAGGCGGUCAAGACCCACAUCGAAACGGUCAUCAAUGCUCUCAAGACUGAGAGGGACGUGAGUGUUCGACAGCGGGCGGCCGACCUGCUCUAUGCCAUGUGUGACCGCAGCAAUGCCAAGCAGAUUGUGGCGGAGAUGCUCAGCUACCUGGAGACGGCCGACUACUCCAUCAGAGAGGAGAUGGUGUUGAAGGUGGCCAUCUUGGCUGAGAAGUAUGCUGUGGACUACUCCUGGUAUGUGGACACCAUCCUCAACCUCAUCCGCAUCGCCGGGGACUACGUGAGCGAGGAGGUGUGGUACCGUGUCAUCCAGAUCGUCAUCAACCGUGAUGACGUGCAAGGCUACGCCGCAAAGACAGUCUUUGAGGCCCUGCAAGCCCCGGCUUGCCAUGAGAACAUGGUGAAGGUGGGGGGGUACAUCCUGGGGGAGUUUGGAAACCUCAUCGCUGGCGACCCACGUUCCAGCCCUCUGGUGCAGUUCAAUCUGCUUCAUUCCAAGUUCCACCUGUGCUCUGUGCCCACACGCGCCUUGCUCCUCUCUGCCUACAUCAAGUUCAUCAACCUGUUCCCGGAGACCAAGGCCACCAUCCAGGAGGUGCUGCGCUCCGACAGCCAGAUACGCAACUCGGACGUAGAGCUGCAGCAGCGUGCCGUGGAAUACCUCAAACUGUCGUCCAUCGCCAGCACUGACGUCCUGGCCACAGUCCUGGAGGAGAUGCCGCCCUUCCCCGAGAGGGAGUCGUCCAUCCUGGCAAAGCUGAAGAAGAAAAAGGGCCCAGGGGCCGUGUCUGAGCUGGAGGAGGGCAGGAGGGAGGGGGGGGAACUCAACGGAGGAGGGGAAAGGGGGGGUGACGCAUCGGUCAUGGCAACUUCGAACGCUUCCACCCCCUCCCCCUCUGCGGAUUUGCUUGGCCUCCGUUCGGCUGCUCCCGUUGGCUUGGCUGCCCCAAGUGCCGGUAGCCUAUUGGUGGACGUGUUUUCAGAGGGGGGGCCAGCCGCUGCCUCUGCCAGUGUGAAUGACGACGGCUUCCUUAGAGAUCUGGAACAGCCCACCGAGGCCUCUGACUCCCUAUUGGUCGAGGGUCCUGGUGACUCGGACUCUGCCCCUCCCUCUGCGGCUUCUGAGGAUCCUGCCCCUCCCCUGCCUGAGGCAGACGAGCUUCUAAACAAGUUUGUGUGCAAGAACAACGGAGUGCUCUUUGAGAACCAGCUGCUUCAGAUCGGAAUCAAGUCAGAGUACCGCCAGAACCUGGGGAGGAUGUACCUGUUCUAUGGCAACAAGACGUCAGUGCAGUUCUCCAGCUUCUGCACCACAGUGACCUGUCCUGGAGAUCUCCAGGCUCAACUCAACGUCCAGACCAAACCAGUGGAGCCCCUGGUGGAGGGAGGGGCGCAGGUUCAGCAAGUGAUUAACAUCGAAUGUCUGACCGACUUUGUCGAUGCUCCGCUGCUCAACAUCAAGUUCAGGUACGGUGGAGCCCUGCAGAACGUCACCCUCAAGUUGCCCGUCACCAUCAACAAGUUCUUCCAGCCCACUGACAUGGCCUCCCACGACUUCUUCCAGCGCUGGAAGCAGCUCAGCCAGCCUCAGCAGGAAGCACAGAAGAUCUUCAAGGCGGGCCAAGGCAUGGACACAGAAGUUCUCAAGGCCAAGCUGCUGGGUCUGGGCACGGCCCUCCUAGAGAAUGUUGAUCCUAACCCUGAGAACUACGUGUGUGCUGGUGUCAUCCAGACCAAGGGUCAGCAAGUGGGUUGCCUGCUGAGACUGGAGCCGAACGCACAGGCCCAGCCUGGCGAGCAGAUGUACCGACUGACCCUGCGCAGCAGCAAGGACACCGUCUCCAAGCGCCUGUGCGACCUGCUAGCAGAACAGUUCUAGACCUCCCCUACCACCCUCUCCCUCCCCUCUCCCUGCACCCCAACCAUCUUGUUCUAGAGCCCCCCGUCUUCCCCAGAGACCAGCGUUUCGCGUUCCAGCCCCUCCCCCAACGCUCCAUGACCCUGUUCCCCCCUCCCUUGAACAAAGAAUCUAUGAGUAAAAUAAAUUAACCUACAUAAGGGAAAAAGGAGCCGUCACUAGCCGUGGCGGCAAUAUUAUUGUCAUUGUUAUUGUCACAAAAUAUGAUUCCAAUUCUACUUAUUACUGUUUAUUAUUAUCAUUGGCGCUACAAUUCUUGUUUUUAUCGGUGUUUACCUGUGUACGUAGCAUGUGUGGCAGUAAGUGCGCGCGCGUGUCUCCCGUUCUGCUCCGUCCUGCCUGUCCAACCCUGAGAGCUCCUGUAAUUGUAUCAACAGCUGGUUUGCGUGUGUGUAUUUGUGUGUGUGUGAGUGUGUACGUAGCAGUGGGUGGAUUGUUUUGGGCGUCGAUUCCGCAAACAUUUCAACCUUAGAAGAACCAUUCCUCGGAAGAUCCUCAGUAGGGUCCUUGUGUG